CAAAGACCUGUCUCUUAGCCUGUCUGUGGGCAAAGCGCGUUUGCUUCGAGGCUGCAGAGAGGGAUGGGAGGCGGUGUCUUCGGUUGUGCGCAGGCGUCCUUUAUUUCACUCUCUUGCCCACUGUAAUUCCAUGGCGUUUCCUGUCAACAGCGACAGCCAGGGCUGGAUAACUCCUGAAAGUCUUGGGACCGCAAAGGCAGGAGAAAGAGACAGCCGGACCGGCGCGGACGCUAUGGCGUGCUUCAAAUGAGUGUUUGCGGCGAGUUCAAUUCUCGGCAAACAUGGACGCGGGAUUAACGCUCUAUAACAAUCUGAAAGAUGUGACAUGGAGCACGACGUCUCUGCCCCUAGACCGACUGGUCAGUGCUUACCGAUUGCCGCAGAUCGUGAAGCUGGACAGUGGAGAAUCUGCAGAAGGUCUGAGAGACAAUGACUACAUUUUGGUUCAUUCUUGUCGCCAGUGGACUACCAUCACCGCCCACAGUCUGGAAGAAGGCCAUUAUGUCAUCGGGCCCAAAAUAGAAAUCCCAGUCCAUUAUGGAGGUCAGUUCAAGCUGCUGGAACAGGACCGAGAUGUAAAGGAACCAGUGCAAUACUUCAACAGUGUGGAGGAGGUGGCCAAGGCCUUUCCUGAGCGGGUUUAUGUCAUGGAGGAAAUAACAUUCAACGUUAAGGUGGCAUCGGGGGAAUGCAACGAGGACACUGAAGUUUACAACAUCACCCUGUGCACUGGGGAUGAGUUAACUUUAAUGGGCCAGGCAGAGAUCCUGUACGCCAAAACGUCCAGGGAGAAGUCCAGGCUCAACACCAUCUUCAAGAGGAUCGGGAAGCUGAACUCCAUCGGCAAGCUGGGCCGCGGCAAGAUGCCCUGCCUCAUCUGCAUGAACCACCGGACCAACGAGAGCAUCAGCCUGCCGUUCCAGUGCAAGGGGCGCUUCAGCACGCGCAGCCCCCUGGAGCUCCAGAUGCAGGAAGGGGAGCACACCAUCCGCAACAUCGUGGAGAAAACCCGCUUGCCCGUCAACGUCACCGUGCCGAGCGCCCCUCCCAGGAAUCAGCACGACCUCCACCUCAUCCGCGAGGGCCACCGCUACAAGUUCGUCAACAUCCAGACCAAGACGGUGGUCGUCUGCUGCAUCCUGCGCAGCAGCAAAGUCGUCCCCACCCACUUCCCGCUGCACCUGGCCGUGCCCAAGUUCACCGUCCCGGAGGGCCUCCUGAAAAACGAGCCCUGGUUGGAGACCCUGGUGCAUCGCUGGUUCGCCUACUGCCAGGAGCAGUUCGACAUCGACGAUUACUCGCGGGCCGUGCGGGACGUGAGGGCGGACUGGAACGAAGACUGUAAGAGCCCAAAGAAGAGCGGGGGCGGCGGCGGCGGCGGCGGCUGCCAAGGCCACUCUCACGUGCCCAGCUCCCUGAGCUACGCACGAGACGAACUGACUCAGUCUUUCCACCGCCUUUCUGUCUGUGUGUAUGGAAACAACCUUCACGGCAACAGCGAGGUCAACCUGCAGGGAUGUAAGAAUCUGUGCGGCGACUGGGCUCUGUUCUCUCACGACCCUGUGCACUAUUCGGACUCGGGCGACAGCGGGAGUGACUAUCAUUUCCCCGAAAUGACCGAGGAACCGGGCCAAUCUGUUCCUUCGAAGUCGGAGCUUCCUUACGAGGAGCUGUGGCUGGACCAGGGCAGGUCUGCUGCACAGACUGUGCCUUGUUCUGCUGCCGAAAAGAACAAGUGUGAUGGCAACAGGAGCUCCAUUAGGUCAAAGAGUUCGACGUCACCUCCCUUUCCUGUCUCGGGCCCCUCGGCCUCGGUCAUGGUUUCUGAAAUUUGUCUACCUCCACCUCCAGUGCCUCCGAAGUCUGAAGCUGUGAAGGAAGAGUGCAGACUUCUUAAUGCCCCCCCUGUCCCUCCACGGAGCUCCAAGCCAACCUCCACCAACCCUCCUGCCCCUUCAUGUGCAACCAAGCACCGGCAGCAACAGACUCGCUCUCCGAGCCCCACGCUGUCCUACUACUCCUCUGGAUUACACAACAUUGCUGUCACAGAGAAUGAUGUAACACACCCAGCUGAACAAAAUCCCGUCUGUUACCCCUGUAACUGGAUGAAACCUGAUGCGACCAACAACGACAGACUCUCCCCCUUUGGAAGUCCAACGUUUGAAGGUGUGCCUUCCCGGUCUUCAUGGCCAAACAACUUCUGCGGAGGAGAUUCUCAUGGGAUUAAUGAUUUUUUACCGGUUCAGUGUCGAAGCUAUUACAGCUAUCCGCGGCAGAAGACCCCAGGUACCCCAAAGGGCAACCCCGCGGCACCCUUCGACUUCGAAGGGAGUGAGCUUUCUGAAGGAUGCACAUUGCCUUCUAAAACUGGUGACACACCUCACAUGGUUCCAGGCUGCCCCAAAUCUGCAAGUUACUCCCUAGAUUCAUGCACAGACAAAGCUUUGGCAGAAUGUAGCGCAAAACAAAGCGUGUCAUGUCCCAUCUUGCCACCAAGAGCACCUAAAGUGACUGAUGAAAACCAAGUGGCAGAGGUUUCAUCAUUAAAGUCGGCCGUUAACAGUGGAGGGGAAGAUGCUCAGAUUAUCUCCACAGACCACCAGGAGGAUCAGUCAGUAAACAGCAAGGGCGUGCCAGACAUCUUCUCUAUUUCAUAUCCUUUCUCUUCACCCCUACACCUCCAGUUGGCACCGAGAUCAUGUGGUGAUGGGUCACCAUGGCAGCCACCGACUGACCUUACUGGACUCUCCAUUGAAGAGGUGUCAAAGUCCCUUCGUUUUAUAGGCCUUGCUGAAGACGUUGUGUCACUGUUUGUCACCGAAAAGAUUGAUGGGAAUUUACUCAUACAACUGACUGAGGAGAUUUUGUCAGAAGACUUCAGGCUGAGCAAGUUGCAAGUCAAGAAACUUAUGCAGUUCAUCAGUGGGUGGAGGCCCAAAAUUUAAUCUGGGAAUAAACAGGUUGACAGACCAGUGUUUGUCAGAAAUAUGCUGCAAAUGCUGACAUAACUUCAGCAUUCUGGGUUGCACUAGCCAACUUUGUAUUUAAAUAAAUUUGGUGCAGUUUAUUGCUAUGCAGAUUCUGGUACCAAACAUUGUCUGUUGUUUUUGUCCAUAGUAUGGAACAAGAAUGAUUAAAUCCAGUGCGAUGGAACUGUGCCUUGUGCAUUAACUGUACAUGUCAUUAUAUCUUAGUCUGCAUUAAAUCAUUUUUGAUCCUGAUUGUUUUUAGAAGCAGGUUAAAAAUAAAAUGCUAAACUUGCCCAGACAAGACCAAAGCCUUACAGAGAUGGAAAGUGUAUUUUUCUUCAUAACUAUCCUUUGUGCAUUUUCCUGGUUGAAUAUGAAUAAAUAUAAAGAUAUCUGAAAA